AUGGACGUGGUGCCUAAGGGUUACCAGCACAUCCUGGCCUUAGCAUUUGCAGUAAAGGAGAUCAAUGAAAACCAUCACAUCUUACCAAACGUCACCUUGGGCUUCCACAUCUAUGACAGCUAUGUCAAUGCAAGGAAGACCUGUCAUGCCACAAUGCUACUUUUAUCCACACUGGAGAAAUUUGUCCCCAACUAUAUAUGUGAUAUCCAGAAUAAUCUGACAGCUGUCAUUGGGGGACUUGACACUGAAACUUCCCUUCAUAUGUCAACUAUCUUGCAUCUCUAUAAGAUUCCACAGCUCACAUAUGGCCCUGCUCCAGUGAUGAAUGAUCAAACCCCAGGAUUUUCCUUCUACCAGAUGGCCCCCCAGGAACGCCACCAAUUUGCAGGGAUCCUCUCUUUGCUUCUGCAUUUCAGAUGGACAUGGAUUGGGGUCCUUGUGAUGGAUAAUGACAAUGGAGAAAGAUUUGUGCACACUGUGCUCCCAAUGUUUGCAGAGAGUGGUAUUUGCUUUGCCUUUCAAGAAAAAAUUCCAACAAUUAGUUUUGCCACUGCAACUGAUGACAUGAUUCAAGUAGGGGCAAAAUUGCAUGAUGAAAUAAUGAGCAGCAAAGCUAACGUAGUGCUGGUCUAUGGAGAAUCUUAUGCAAUGAUAUUUUUAAGAUGGCUUCCCUAUCUAAAAAACAUAGUGCCUGUGACAAUGAAUAUAAAAGGUAAAGUGUGGAUCACAACAGCCCAGGUGUUAUUCACUUCAUAUAGCUUUCAAAGGAAUUGGGAUUUAGAUGUGUUCCAAGGCACUAUAUCUUUUGCAAUUCAUUUGCAAGAACUAGAAGGUUUUCAUCAAUAUGUUAAGAGCAGAAAUCCAUCCAUUACAGAUGGAGAUAGUUUUCUCAGGGACUUCUGGCAACAGGCCUUUGGCUGUCAAUUCCCAGAUUCCAUGGCUGGCAAGGUGCAGUGGAAUAUUUGCACUGGAGAAGAAAAGCUGGAGAGUCUUCCUGGGGAUUUUUUUGAAAUGAGUAUGACAGGCCCCAGCUAUAGCAUCUACAAUGCUGUUUAUGCCGUGGCCCAUGCUUUGCAUGUGUUGAUCUCAUCUAACUUCAGAGGAAUGGUUCACAAAAAGAGACAGAAGGAUUGGAACCAACAGUUUUGGAAGCUCCACCGCUUUUUGAGAAGUAUCACAUUUAACAACACUGCAGGAAAUGAGGUCUCCUUCAACCAGUAUGGAGAGGUACUAAGUGGCUUGGAUAUUAUCAACUGGAUUAUUUCCUCCAACCAAUCCUUUCAUAGAGUGAGAAUUGGAAGAAUGGACCCAAAGGCUUCUCCAGAUCGUGCAUUUACCCUUGAUGAAGAUGCCAUAACAUGGCACAGCUGGUUUAACCAAGUUCAGCCUCAUUCCGUAUGUACUGUGAGUUGCCAACCUGGAUCUAGCAAGAAAGUGAAGGAAGGGGAGCCUUUUUGUUGCUACGAUUGCAUCCCAUGCCCAGGUGGGAAGAUUUCAAACAGGGAGGAUAUGAAUGACUGUAAUAAAUGCUCAGAUGAAAACUAUCCUAGCAAGAGGCAAGAUACAUGCAUUCCCAAGGAUAUAAGCUUCUUGUCUUAUGAAGAGUCUUUAGGCAUUAGUUUAGCCUUCCUUUCUCUUUCCUUUGCAUUAAUCACAGCACUGGUGCUGGGAAUAUUUCUGAAGAACCACAAGACUCCCAUCGUCAAAGCCAACAACCGAAACCUCACCUACACUCUCCUCAUCUCCCUACAGCUCUGCUUUCUUUGUGCUUUAUUAUUCAUUGGCCAACCAGAGAAUGCAACAUGUCUCCUCCGACAAACUGCUUUCGGCAUUAUCUUCUCAGUAGCUGUUUCUUGUGUGCUAGCAAAGACUAUCACAGUGGUUUUGGCUUUCAUGGCCACCAAACCAGGUUCCAGGAUGAGGAAGUGGGUGGGGAAAAGACUGGCCUACUCCAUUGUUCUUUCCUGUUCCCUUAUUCAAACAGGCAUUUGUAUUGUGUGGCAGGCAACCUCUCCCCCAUUCCUAGACGUUGACAUGCACUCACUGACUGAUAAAAUUAUACUAGAAUGUAAUGAGGGGUCUGUGACUAUGUUUUACUGUGUCCUCAUCUACAUGGGCUUCCUGGCAAUUGUAAGUUUGACUGUGGCUUUCCUUGCCAGGAAGUUGCCAGACAGUUUCAAUGAAGCCAAGUUCAUCACUUUCAGCAUGUUGGUCUUUUGUAGCGUUUGGUUAUCUUUUGUUCCUAGUUACUUGAGCACUAAAGGGAAAUAUAUGGUAGCCGUGGAGAUCUUCUCUGUCUUAGCUUCUAGUGCUGGGUUGUUUGGUUGUAUUUUCCCCCCAAAGUGUUAUAUUCUUUUGUUGCAGCCUCAGCUGAACAACAGGGAACAGCUUAUCAGAAGAAAAGAGUGA